AAUCCACUUCCUCUCUGCCUUGCUGGAAAGUGAAACGUUUUUUACAUCACUGGUACAAAGAUAUAAAGGAGACUGUGACUCAGCUAUCAAGCAAAUUCCUUCCUUUCUUCAAAGCAGUACCUUAAGAAUUUGCAAUUUGGGAAGCCCACUGAAAACUUUGUGUUGAUUCAACAUGCUACACAAGGUCCCCUUUUCAUCGCCAACUAGACUCUGUUUAGCAGCAUUGAAUAGAUGGUGAUAAAGGACUGCAGAAAUAAGGAGACCUGAUCACACAGUAGAUAAAUUAUGAAACGGAAUGCCAAGGACAGCCAUCAUACUCUUUCUGGCUUCCACCACUUCCAGAUUACUAAUGUGCUAAAGGUUACGGCAAUCACAAGAUCUGCUUAUUAUUUUGAAAAGAAAACAACUUCAAAGACAAAAUGGAUUACACUGACUUACCUCUGGAUGAAUGGAAUGAGAGUCAUGUGAAGUACUGGCUUGAAUCCAUUGGGAUUAAGAAAGUGUAUGUUGAAAAGCUCUGCGAAGAGGAAGUAACUGGUCCAGCACUUAAAAUAUUAGAUGAUAAAUUUCUCAAGGGAAUGGGUAUGAAACAAGGCCAGAUUCACAUACUAAUACAGAAAAGGGAUAAACUUUUGCAAGGGAAUAUUGGCUAUCAAGACAAGAUUGGAGGAGUGACUGCAUUAGACCACAACAAAACUCAUUCAGAGAGCAAAUAUCCAAAAGAGUCAGACUCAUCAACUGAAGAAAAAAAAGGGAACCAAGAGGAAAACAAACACAAACCCGCCUCUGACCUUAAACCAGCUUCUUUGCCACGUGGAUCUUUAAAACCACAGUGCUCAAACGAAAAAAACACAACACACUCAAGUGACACUCACAGCGAAAUGGAAAGCACAGUGAAUAUCUCCGUUCCACUUGAUCCAGUACGCCUGAGCCCAUUCAGGCCAUUCAAGAGCACUGACAUUAAUUUUAAGUAUGUUAAAAAUUCAGUUUUUGCUCCAGAAACAGGAAGCCAUGAUCUAAUCAUUCCUUGUCAUGAAUACAAAUCAUUUGAUACAGCUGCCAUGCUGGACAGACCAAGACUUCAAGUAAAAUUUGCCCGUGAAGUUAUAAAGUUUGCGUCUGCCUGCCUGAACAUCCGAACAAAUGGCACUAUUCACUUUGGGGUGAUGGACCGUGAUAAGGAAAAGAACCGGACACAUGGACAAAUCAUUGGAAUACCAAUAAGAGAGACAGAAAUGUAUGUGGAUGCUUUGGAUUACAUAGAAAAAUGUUUUGAGUCCAGUGUUCAUGCUACUGCAAGACAAUGUAUUCACCCCCCUGUUUUUAUUGAAGUUAUUUCGACAGAUAGCCAUGAACAGUUUUUUGUAGUAGAAGUUGACAUUGAACCAUUAUUCGACAUUGUAAAAGGAAAGCUAUUUCAAGUACGCAUACCAGAUUUUAUUGAAAAAAGCAAUAAGAUAAAUUUUGAAAGGGAUAAAAUUGCUUUCCAAAGAGUUGGUUCAAAGUCUGAACCAGUAAAAAAUGAUAAUCUCAUAAAAUUCAUUCAGGAUUUACAAGAAAGAGACCAUUGGAGGAAGAAGGCUGAAACAUUCAAUCACAAAAAUCAAACAGAUAGCCCUCAAAAUUUAGGGCGAAAAUUAUCUGUCUUAUUGACAGAUGGCAAAAGCUGUUUAGACAGCUCUGUGUGGUACAUUCUUGUUGCCAACAAAUGUGGAGAGGAAGACAUCAAGUCUAUUGAUUUUUUGAGGCACAUUAACAUUUUCUGUGUAUUUGAUUUUGAUGAAGACUCCAGCAUAUCAGGUUUGUACUUCAAGUACAAAAAAUACCAUGCAACUACUUCUCAUUUCUUGAAAGAUUAUUCCAAUGACAACAAGAUGAGCACAAAUGACUUCUCAAAACAUCUCUGCUUAUUUGUUAAGAAAAGUUGGAUAUUUUGCAAUGGGCGCAGUGACUUCCCUGGGAAUGAAAAGGCAUGUGAUGAGAACACUUGGAUUAGAACUAAGAGAAAGUACCUGAAAAAGGCAGUAUCUUUUAUCUGUGACGAUCUCCUCCCAAAGGGCUCUUUUAAGGUGCUCUUCUUACUUUUUUCGCCUGUGGAGAAACCAAUCGUAGACACCUUCCAUGAAUUUUACAGUGAAAUGAAUGGCAUGGAUUUCAUAAUAUGCCUUUCUGAGUCUAGAGAAAACUAUGAAAAAUGGGCUAAUCUAGCACAGGCAUCCUGCAGCAUUGAGACACUAGAGCAGCAGAGUAUUGUAGGCAUGAAGCUAAGCCAUGUGGAUGCUACUAUCCAAAGCAAACUGCCUUGUACAACCAAUUACAGGCAUUUACCUGUUUCCACAAAGGGUCUGUGUCUACUUCCCACACUUGAAGAAGAGAAAAUGUAUUCUCUUGAAAUUUUGUGUGCUGAUCAAUGUGAUGAUAUCAUAUUAGACCUUCUGAGUACAAAAGAAAUACAGAUGAUAGAUGAAACCUUUUAUCGGGGUAAAAAAGUCAGUUGGAAAAAUUUUUGGCUUGCUGAUAAAAGGAAGUGUGGGGAAAUUAUCGAAAGGGAAGCCUCUAAGGAGCUAUCGAGAAUGUUGAAUGAUGUGAUAUACGGGAGCCUGUUCCAGCAUUCCGUAGUGAAACUGAAAGUGUUCCACGAACCCGGGAGCGGAGGAAGUACCAUAGCCAGGCAAGUGCUGUGGAAACAGAGGACCGAUUUGCGAUGUGCUGUCAUCAAAACCACAUUCCCAGUCGCUACUGUCUGUCAGCAUGCAGUUGACUUCCGACAUUAUGAUGAAAAAGACCCCCAAAACUGUCUCCCCGUCCUCCUUUUGGUGGAAGAUUAUGAUGAAGAGUACUUUGAAGAUUUAAUCUAUACUUUAAUGAAUUCCAUGGGGCCUAAUAAAAAACAUUCUUCCAAGCCUUCCUUCAUCCUUCUGUGUUGUAAACGGUCCAAUGCCCCUAAUAAAUUUUGCAAAGCAUCUCCUUUGGAUACAGUGUCUGUUACUCACAAACUGACAGACCAAGAGAAAAACCAGUUCAGAACAAAGCUAGAAAAAUUUGAAAAUCAAAAGGAUUUUAAGUUGGAAUAUAUACUCACAUUUGUUCUCAUGAGCAAUGAGUUUGACCCAGCAUAUGUGAGAGAAUUUGUGGAACACUUGCUUAAAGAUAUAGACUUAUCUUCCCAAGAAACUAGUUUAAUGAGAUACGUUGCCUUGCUCAAUUUCUACGUCCAUAAUUCCUACAUCUCGUUAUCCCACUGUGAAGCUUUCCUGGGACUUAUGCCAUAUGAAGAAAUAUCAGUGAGACAAUAUGAUUUCAUAAGUAACUUAAGUGAACAGGCCCAGCUUAUUUUCAUUAAAUUGAGAGAAACGACCACAUAUAUAUCAUCCAUUCGGAUAAUCCACCACUUGGUGGCAAAAGAAAUACUGUGCCAGCUUUCCGGAAGUCAGCCUCAGAGUAAAAUUGCCAUGAAACUUCUCCAAGAAAAAGUUUUUCUUCAACAUCGAUUUGGGAGGGAAGAACUUAUAAAAUUCAUCAGAGAUCUGUUUAUAAGGCGUGACAAGAAGAGUAGGGGCGACAACACUGACAGCCUUUUCUCUCCAUUCAUUGAGCAUAUCUGUACCACAGAAAAUCCUGAAAAAGCUAUAGAAGUGUUAAAAUACGCGUAUGAAUGCUUGGGAAAAGAUGCGUUCUUUGCGCAACAACUUGCCAGAUUGCAUUAUGUUUAUGAAAAAUUUGAGGAUGCAAAAUUUUGGGCGGAAGUAGCAAAAUCCCACUUGCCAAAUGAUUCAUUUAUUUUAGACACAGAAGGGCAGGUGUACAGGAAGUGGUUUAACUUUAUAGUGGACAAAAAAUCAGAUGAAGAGAUUGCUAGAGAUAUCACUGAAAUUAUAGAAAUUGCCCUUAAGGCUAUGAAGUGCUUCAGAGCCACACAGCAAGCUGCAAAAUCUGAGAGGGACACCAUGAAUAACUCAGGGUAUUUUGGAGAGGUAGAAGUGGGAUGUCGCUUACUGAAACUACUAUCUACCCUUGAUGUGUUUCCUAAAGAUGCAAAAGGAGAGAAUCCUGAACUUGUUCAGUAUUUACUUACAGAUUACAUCCCGGAAGACAUUAAGAAGCCUUGGGGAAAUCUUCACAGCCGCUUAAAAGGCUUACGCCAGAAUAUUUACAAUGCUCUUGACUGGAUUUCAGAAGAUCUAAGUUAUUUCCAAACAGAUAAAAACCAAGCAGAUGAUGAUGAUAAGAGAGAAGAACAAGUUAAUAAUCCCAGAGGAUGGCUCAAAAGACAAUGCAAGGUUUAUGCAACGUUCUUUAGUUCCAGUACAUUGAUUGAAGAAAAUGGUGCACGAUCUGAAACCCAGCUGAUCAGACAAAUGAAUAUUUGUAAACAUGGUGGAGGAAAUGUCACCACUAUUCUCUCAUUCCUGUCAGAUAAAAAUGAUAAGAAAUCCAUUCAAAGUCUAGAAAAAAUAAUAAGCUUGUACUCAAACCCAAAAAAUGUGGAUGAUACAGAUCUUAUAAAUUAUAUAUUGUGCCACUUUACUCUUGCAUGUCUGUCACCUGGUUCUUCCGCACUCCUUAACCUUCGGACGCUCCGAGAAUUCAGCAAGAGAUUCUUUAAAAAGAGGCACGCUAUCUUCCCUGCCAGCGCUCAUUUUUUGCUUACUUUACUUUACUGGCCUGACGCUGCACUGGACAAAGAUUCUUCCUCAGAUAAAGAUGACAUCUUAAAGUCUGCCCUUAAUACCUUGAAGCGCUUGCAUGACAUCAAAAUAAAAGAUGUUGCCCCAAGAAAGAAAAGAAUCUACACCAUAUUUUUCUUGGGAAAAGGCUAUGAUUUGACAAAAAUUGUGUCCAGAACAAAGAUUGAUAAACUCAUGAAAGGAUCCCUAGAUGAGCGUCGGAAAAAUUGGCAGAAUGGCGAAGUAUGGAAAAUCCCAGACGUACACAAUAUCCUGGAAAGAGUCAAUGGUUGGACAGAAGAUGGCAGAGUUUUUGCAAUGGGUCACUCAGGGCGGGUUCCAAUUUUACCUUUGCAUUUUGAUUCAGUGCCACCUGGAAAUGAAAACGUAAAAUUUUAUCUAGGUUUCUCAUUUAAUGGACUUGCUGCUCAUGACAUUCAGGUAAAAAUGUAGAAAAUAUCCUGUGCCCUAUAAAUAUCAAAUAGAAAAGUACUCAAAGAAAUAAUGGGUUAGAUCCAGAACUGAUCAUAUUUAGUUUAGAUUCACAAGCAUUCAGACAGUUGUGACUUAUACAAUUACCAGUUAAGUCAGUCAUGGCUAAUACAAAUCCCUCUACAUCAGUGUGAAGAUUGAGAGCUAACAAUUAGCAUUUUAAUAUUACAUUUAUCUGAUGAAAUAGCCACCAAGAAAUAGCCUUGUUGUUGCAUGCUGUGUAACAACCUAUUCCCUUCCUGCAAAUAUGAUCUUCCUCCUCCAGUUGAGACUGGGAAGGAGGCACAUUCAUUUAUAUAUGUUGGUGACAUUGUAGAUGAGCGAAAAUUCUCCUUCCAGAAUAACUUUUAUCUUUUGGACUACAAUCCAUUUUAUAUCCACUUUCUGAAAAGAAAGUCUUGCUGAAUUCAAUUGUAUUUACUUCUGAGUAGACAUAUAUAGAAUUGAACUGUUCAUUGAUACUUUGAAGGAAAAGUAAUUCUGUCAAGGGGGC